CAACUAUAGUUUGCGUUACCAUGCAACACCAACUUUCAAACUUGCUUGAUCGAUUUCCCCAUGUGUUUUGUUUGGUGUCUAAAACCCGGGACUCCUCGGGGUUUUUUUGAUUCAGUCUAAGACCAUCGGUUGAAGUGAUUACAUAUCCACCUCUUCACGUGUGCCCGUAAUGGGUGGCAAAGGGAAGAAAAAGAAGGGAGCAAAGGAUACUUCCGGUGGGGGUAGUGCGGGUGGUAGCGGUGGGGCUGCCGGUGGGUCGAGUACACCGGCGAAGGAUAAGCCGGAAGCUGAGGAGGGCGACGAGGAGGACGGAGAAGCAAAACCGAAAAAGGGCAAAGGCAAGAAGGGCAAGGGCAAGGGUGGCAAAUCAUCCAAAUUUCAAGGUGACAUCUUUAACGAGGCGGCAAUGGAGAACGCCUACUACAUCUGUCACAACAUUCAGGAUGUGCUAAAGUCGCGCGGAUUCGCCUGGCCGGAAGGUCAAAAGAAGAAGAAGAAGGGCAAAAAGUAAUGUGGAUUAGAUGCAAAUAUGUAAAUAUACAAAAGUUUUUAUACAAUUAAGUUUAAGAAAAUUGUGUCUAAAUGUGCGCUGGUUUGAAUUAAAAACAAAAAAAAGUAAUCGACUAACAAGUGCCUAUAUGUUUACGUCUGUUGCUAGGCAACCGGUAGCAUACAUGUACGGUCUCGCAUUUGGCAAUACAACAAAUCCUCAUAAACAAACGGUAUCAUGUAUUGACAGAAGAGUAAGUUAAAUAAAAUACGAAUAAGAAGAAGCAUUCCGAGUUGUUUGUGCCGCUGUUUAGUGUUGCGUAGUUCAUUCUCCGCUGGUGUCUGUAGCUUUGAAGUCGCUUCCAAUCCGCGUACCUCAUCCGUCGUGUCGUAUGUCAUCAAUCAGCUUCUGCAAUCCGGCGGAAUGUCUUAAAAUGAAGCCGCCCGCAGUGCAUACCCGUAUCAAUCAAAUCCCUGGAGCGUUCCCGGUGUGUCCGAUUCGAUUGUGCGGCCCCCCCUCAAAAUGGACGGGUUAACCACCCGGGACUAGGGGAAGCACUUGUGGUCAAAGUCCUCUUACGUUCAGCUGGAAGCCUGG